CCGAGCAACCCCUCAAAAGAAAAGUGCAAUUGGAGGCGCUACGUCGAUUGGCAGGAUUUGCAAAGCAUUUGGAUUCAGAUUCAGGAGUUACCCCCGAACAGGACCCACCUGGAAGAGGCGCUGGAAGGCGUAGUAGCCGCAGGACAAGGUCACAAAGAUCCAGAAGACCCCGUUGAUAAGCAAUAUGUCGUCCGCUUUGGCCAAAAUUGAGGACUUUCCCUCCGAUCCCGUGGAAUUUUUCAAGCAAAUCCUGCAGGCAGCGGCGGAGGGACAUCCGGAGGGGUUUAUGCAGGAAAUGAAUCUGGCCACGGUGGACGAGGAAUUCGGAGUCCUCAAUCGCACUGUCCUGUAUCGAGGUCUCACCGCGGAUAAUUUUGUGUUCUACAUAACGCAUCGGUAUACGCGCAACUUCAAAAACCUUCAGGCCAAUCCCAAGGCCUGCAUUACCUUCUAUAUGCCGGAUGUCAAGGAUCAAGCCGGAAAGGAUACCACAUGGCAGGUGCGACUGAUCGGGGCCACUGCCGUGGAACUUCCCCAGGACGAAAUGGAUGGCUUGUGGGCCAAGGAGAACUUGGCAUCCCAAAUCAGGGGCCACAUCUGCCCCUGCGGAGAGCCUAUCAAUUACGAUGUUCUCAAGGCGAGGCAUGAUAAAUUCCUCCAGGACCAUAGCGGCAAAUCCAUCGAGAGGCCCGCCAGCUAUACCGCCUGGAAAUUCCAGCCGCAACGAUGGGACUUCCUGAAAGUGGGUCUCAACGAGAUCGCAGAUCGGGUACAAUACCGCCUUCAAAGCAACGGAAAAUGGGAAUCCAUGCACAUAUCCACUUAAAAGGAUAAAAACCUCUUAACACUACAACCCGAUUUUAGGCGAUUUCAUUUUAUUCAACAAUAUCUUUCUACAAACAGCUAAACGUAAAUUCUAAUAACUAAAUUUGCUUCCUUUUCGACAUGUUUAACAUACAAUUACAACAUAGUUAAUAAAUAUUACACAAAACAGCAAAAAAAAA